CCGAUUACUACUUCCGUCGCGCACAUUCUGCGAAAGCAAUUCGCUAUUUGAAGUUGUCGGAGAGCUUCAACUCAAGAAAGCUGGCAACUUUCGAAAACUAAAACUAAAAUUUCUCGGAAUUUGCAUGAAUACAACUACCCCUUCAGCCACUGCCAUGGAGGACGAGUGGGAGGAGGAGGAGCAGCUGGUUGUGGCGGAACUGUCCGGAAUGAUCAGCUCUGAUCUGCUCUCCAGUCGCCAGAGCACCUGUAAGAUAGUGGACAUUGACAGCGAGCAGCCCAUGAUGCAGGUGGGCCGGUAUCUGUUCGCCGGAGAAUACGAGGACGCCAUCGGCACAUGUGUGAUUUUCGAAGAGGAUGGUGCAGACUCUAAACCAGCCCUUAAAUACAAAUGUCACACAAUGAAAAAACUGAUGCUGCAGCGGACGUUUCUGUCCGAGAGGAAAGAGGACGAGCCCGUCUCUAACCGCAUAGAGGUGCUGGCUCUCCACGAUGAAGAGUCGUUCGGCCGGAAGAGUGCAGUUUGUCACUACCUGGAUCCGAUAGACACAGAGAAAUCGGUGCUAGACGAACCUAAAGACUGCGAUGACCCAGAGAUGAGCGACGAAUCAGCGGAUGAAGUUGAAGAGACUGAGACUGACGCGGGAGCCACGCUUUUGGACAACUCCUCUGAGGAGGCGAUGAACGCCAGCAGCUCUUCUGUACUGACGGCUACACAAGAAGGGGACGAUGGCUCUUAAAGACUGCUUGAUUUCUGACGAUGUACAUUCUGCGUCGUGUAAAUAUAUGCUCACUGGUUAAUAAAAGUUUUGUAUUUUGUA